UCCGCCCCCUCCGGGCCAAGGUAGAGCGUGCUGCGAGAGGGAGGAGGGAGCAGGGGGCUGAGCUGAUCCCACGUGUGACGCUUUCAUUCCCGGCUCAGUAAUAUUCUCAUAGCGGGGCUUUGCAUAUCUCCUGCCGUAUCUGUGUGUGUCUGUCACUGUUACUGUAGUCCCAGCCUAUAGUUUGGAAUAGAUAUGGAAGGAGACGGGAGUCAAGCCACAUCCGGAAGCCUAAACGAUUCACAACAUGACCCGGGUAAAAUGUUUAUCGGUGGCCUCAGCUGGCAAACCUCACCAGACAGCCUUAGAGACUAUUUUAGUAAAUUCGGAGAAAUAAGAGAAUGUAUGGUGAUGAGAGACCCCACGACAAAACGCUCAAGAGGAUUUGGGUUUGUUACGUUUACAGAUGCUGCCAGCGUAGAUAAAGUCUUAGCUCAACAACACCACGAAUUAGACUCAAAGACGAUUGAUCCUAAGGUUGCCUUCCCUCGUCGCGCCCAGCCUAAGAUGGUCACAAGAACAAAGAAAAUAUUUGUGGGAGGUUUGUCGGCAAACACAGUAGUGGAAGAUGUGAAGCAGUAUUUUGAACAGUUUGGAAAGGUCGAUGACGCCAUGCUAAUGUUUGAUAAGACUACUAACAGACAUAGAGGAUUUGGUUUCAUAACUUUUGAGAGCGAGGACAUCGUAGAGAAAGUCUGUGAAAUUCAUUUUCAUGAAAUCAAUAACAAAAUGGUAGAAUGUAAGAAGGCCCAGCCCAAGGAGGUGAUGUUCCCACCGGGCACGCGAGGGAGAGCCCGGGGUCUGCCCUACACCAUGGAUGCCUUCAUGCUGGGAAUGGGCAUGCUGAGUUAUCCCAAUAUUGUGGCGACAUACGGCCGUGGAUACACUGGAUUCACACCCAGCUACAGUUACCAGUUUCCUGGCUUCCCGGCAACGGCGUACGGACCGGUGGCGGCGGCGGCAGUAGCGGCGGCGCGUGGCUCAGGUAGGGGGGCCCGUGGAAGAGGCGGAUACUUGGCGUACCCACAGAGCGCAGGGCCAGGCCUCCCCGAUUAUGGGUUUUACUCUGCGCCCAGUGACCAGAGGGGGGGGCCCUGCUCCUUUGCUGACUAUGCCUCCCUGGGGCCCCAAGCGGCUCAGAUGCUGCACAGUGAGCAUGCCACCUCCGCCUGCAACUCCCCCCUCCAGCACCUACACAGCCCGGAUCAGUUUAAGAACCCAGGCACCAACCCUUCGAGGCCCGGCGGUUUCCCAGGAGCCAACAGUCCCGGGCCAGUAGCUGACCUGUACGGCCCCAGCAGCCAGGACUCUGCUGUGGGGAACUACAUCAGUGCUGCCAGCCCCCAGCCAGGGUCAGGCUUCGGCCCUAGCAUCACAGGCCCGUUGAUUGCGACAGCUUUUACAAAUGGAUACCAUUGAGCAGGUGGCGGGUUGCCAUCUCAUCAGAGCAGAGUAUAUCUGGUGGCCCGGGAAAGACAGGACGAAGUUUCUAAUUGGCUUUCUGUGCAGGUGACGCUCUUCAACUUCAACAAGCACUACAGCGUCACUCAGGCAAAAAAUACCACCUACGAACGGACGAAAGCACGAAAAAAUGAGAGAAAAGUCUCAGAAAAACCACACGAAGAAGAAGAAGAAAGGCAAAUGUUCGUCAUCUCAUAAAAAGAAACAACUGCUGUACUAUAAUCCAAACCUCCUAUACCUUUACAACCUGGUUUGGCCUGUUUCAUUCAACAAUACUCUUCCUCUGUUGUUAGCAUUUUCAGUUAGGUUUUAGCGAUGUCCUUUUAGUUUCAAUCCUUUUAUUUUUGUGUCUCUUCAUUUUAUUGACUUUUUGUGUAAAUGUUUGAGUUUGUUUUUUGGAGAUUUUAUGAAGUGGUUUUAGCCAAGAAUAUUUGCAAGGCAUCUUUGUAUGAAAAGGUAUUGGAUGUUUUAACUGAGUCUGUCCACCAAAAAAUGUUCAAAAUGUGGAAAACUCAAAGAAAAAAAUGAAAGAAAAUUUCAAGAAGGUAUCUAAGUAAUAAUCUUAGUAGCUGUUUUAUUUCUUGUGAUGUCUCAUUGUUAACCAUAAUUACCUAUUUUUGGGCAAUACAAAGAGGACUUCAAUAUUUUUAUGGUCCUUUUUUAUAAGUGUUGUUUUUGUUGUUUAGAAAUAUAUAUAUAUGCUAUAAUGAAAAUUUCAUAUACUACAUUGUGAAUUCAAACUUGAGAAAAAGAAAUGUAGCUGUACAUAUUAUUCCAAGUCACUGCAUAUAACCAACUCAGUGAGAAGAAUAGCAUAUUUUUGUGAUGGUCGUGUCAAAAAGAACAUGUUAUAGCGUGUGAAUAGAAGAAAAAGCUGUAAAAAAUUAUUAAUCUACUGUUUUUUUGUUUUUCUUUUCUGCUGGAAGAACGGUAUCUACUCCACAGACACACAUAAACUUGCUGUAAAUAGUUGUAAACGUCAUUUUGCAAGUGUCAUACCAGCAAAUUUAAAAAACAAGAUUGGUCUUUUUGUCUAACUGUUGCGAUAACAAGGUUUAAAAAUCCAAAGCACACUGUAAUGAGAGGGGAAGAUUACAACUUGAAACAUUUUUUGCAGUGCAUCCUUUUAUACUCUCAAGAUUUUUUCACAUCCUGCUUGUCGUCGAAACCAUUCUGAUUCUUUAGAGAAACAGUAUAUCUGGUCUAUAAAUCCGUUCUCUUUUUUAUUUUUUAUGACGUUUAAAACUUUUUGAUGCCAUACCUCAGCCUAGGGAGUUCAUUCUUGGCAGGUAUUAAUUUAUUCAAUUUUUGAAACACUGAAACAGAAAGAAGCAAGAUUUUCAUUGCACUGUGAGUAGUCAAGUACAGGCCAUUUUUCCUAUUUGCACAUUGUAUAUGUUGUCAAAAACUGGCUCUGUGCGCAAAGAUAGUAUGAAGGAUUUCUAUGGGGUGAAAUAAUGUAUUCUUGAGUUGUAUGGAAACAGCUAGGGGACAAAAAGUAGACCUGCAGGCAUUGCCUUUAGAUAGAUCUUUAUAGCCACAUUCUGGUCUGGGGAGAUGAAUAUUUAUACAGGGUCACACACAAUUUAAGUGGUUUGUGUGCUUGAUAAUUUUACUCUUUCAAACAAUGAUAAUAAUAUUGAAUGCUAUCGUCCGCUUUAUACAAAAUCACUUAUGGAAUGAAUGGUCAUCAUUUUAAUUUUUCAUUUCAAACAACCAGGUAAAGAAAUAUGCUGGAUACUUCUAAUGGUAAAAUGGAGAUGAUGAUCAAGUAAUAAUUUAAAAAAAUACUAUAAAAAAAUCUUGUAAUGUUGAAAUGUAAAAGAAAAAAAUACAAAACUAUAAAAAAUGAAAGAUGCUUCUUUGCUGGUUUUAAUCAAAGUUUUAUUGAUACUUUGUGGUUUAUAUAUGAAUAACUGUAAAAUACUAUUAAAAUGUACUGUGCAUCCAUUG